AUGUAUGGUCUUAGUUUAAGCCACCAUAGGCCGGAUCUUCGAAUUUAUGGAGGUAAAGACGCUGAUAUGAAAAAAUUUCCUUUCGCAGUCCUUAUGGAGUCUGCUAUAUAUAGAAAACACAAGGGGGUCCGGAAAGUAGAAUAUGCUCCAUUCUGUUCUGCCACUGCUCUCUCUUCUACUUGGACGUUGACUGCCUCACACUGCAUCGGCCGUAAGCAUGUGUGGUUAGAAAGGGAAUUACUAUUUAUUCGUUAUAAUACAACAGGUGAGCCGCAACGAAAAAAAAUUCUCAAAAUUAUCUUGAGUCCAAACGUGAAUUUGAAUAAAGAUGUCAUGGCAAAUGACAUUGGUUUAGUGAAAACUGAUAGCAUCGAACUUCCAUCUUAUGCAAAACUCAGCUCAGUCGAUUAUACGUCUCUCGUUGGACAAGAAGCGAUACAAUUAGGUUAUGGAAAUACGCAUACUUCAUAUGAAAAAGAUCCAGGAACAAACCGUACUUUAAAAAUGAUGGAUGUUAUGUUGAUGAAAUGUGGACGUAUUCCGAUUUCCAUGAUAUAUAUAAUUAUGUGCACAGUACCUAAGUGCGGAGUAACAGAGUUUGUGUGUCCAGGAGAUUCAGGAGGCACAGUUUUACAUAGUUCGGGAGUUAUUGGUGUACAUUCUGCCAGUAUAAGGUGUUUUCAACAAAAGAAUAGCACGAUUUUUGGAAAAUAUAACUAUGCGAGUAUUAAUGUACCCGUCAGCCCAUAUUUGGAUUGGAUCAGAAGUGAAAUAACAAAAGAUUAA